UUGUAAAAAUAACAUUAGAUAACACCUGAACGGAAGUAGAAUGUAAUAAAUGUGGAUUAUUACUUUUAUUUGUUGGUAUUUCUUUGAAGUAGCUAGGAUUAACUAGGUAAAAUGGUGCUUAAAUUAGUUUGCUUGGUGCUCACUCUUACAAUAUCCGCAUCAGCAUCACCUGAAACUCGCAUUGUGGGUGGAACCCCUACUACGAUAAUCGAGUACCCGUUCGUAGUUUCCAUCGAGUAUUUGUAUUCAAAUGCCAAUAUCAACAUACAAAGAUGUGUUGGCUCUUUGAUCUCAUCAUGGCACGUGCUUACUACUGCAUACUGCUUCACUGGGGCAAACCUGGAUAAUGUACAAGUACGAGUUGGCUCCACCACCAGUCUGUCUGGUGGGAAUGUGGUUGCUAUUCAGGACGUGAUCAAACACCCUGACUACCAAGAGUCACCCAGGGCUGGAGACGUCGCUAUAGUCGUGUUGGCUUCCCCUAUAGGAAUAACCGACUCCGUAAACAUUGUGUACAUUCCUCCUCAAGAAACAUAUAUUCCUGAUGGAUAUCCAGUCGAAGUUGUAAGCUGGGGAUUUGAAAGUGAAGAGGGCCCUCAGAUCAACGAGCUAAAAAAGAUUAACUCGAAUACCAUUCCUCAAGCGGAGUGCCAAACUGUGUACGAAGACUCCGAAAGUGUCUCAAUUUACGAUCAUGUGAUAUGUGCUGCUGCUGACAAUACAAGUAUGUGUAACGGUGACUCCGGAGCUCCUAUGAUUAUCGGCGAGACCCUAGUCGGCUUGUCUUCUUACUACGCCAGCUGUGAUGACUCGAGUCCCGACGUCUUCACCAGGAUCGAUCGCCACACUGGCUGGAUACUGGAACAUGCCAUACCUCCCACGGGAGCACAUAAAAAGAAAUUCAGUAUGACAUCUCUAAAAUUAUUUGUGAUACUGGCUCUUCUGUCGAUUGCCUCUGUGUCCACGGCCCCCGAGCCCAGGAUAGUAGGAGGCACCCCCACGACCAUCCAGGAGUUCCCUUACAUCGUCUCCAUCGUGUAUUACUACCCUGGGCCUCAGAUCUUCAUUCAGCGAUGUGUGGGGUCCUUGGUGUCUUCAUUCCAUGUUCUGACUUCGGGGUAUUGCUUUACGCAAGCUGUGAUCAGCAACAUGGUGGUCCGCGCCGGUUCCACCGACAGCAUGGUGGGCGGCACCCUGCGCUUCAUCAGUGACGUCAUCAAGCACCCCAGCUACGAGGAGACACCUAGGGCUGGGGAUAUAGCCCUGGCGGUGUUGGACAGUCCCCUGGGCAUCACGGACACCAUCGGGGUGCUCUACAUCCCGCCACAGGACACCUUCAUCCCGGACGGGUACCAGGUUAAGAUCGUAAGCUGGGGAUUCGAAUCUGCAAGUGGGCCUCAACUGGACACUUUGAAGACAGUCAACAUGAACAAACUGCCGCUGGAAGAGUGCCAGGCCAGCUACGCGGAUUCCGAAGCCGUUGAAAUCGCUGACCCGGUUAUCUGCGCCGCGGCGGCCGGCCGUAGCAUCUGCCUCGGGGACUCGGGCGCCCCCAUGGUCAUCGGAGAGACGCUGGUCGGCCUGUCUUCAUACUACGAUAGCUGCACUGAUGAUAAGCCUGAUGUUUUCACCAGGAUCGAUAGGUAUACAAACUGGAUUUUGGAGGUAGCUGCCUCGAGGGUUGACGGGGUGGACAGCGUCCCUUACGUGAAAGUUGCUGAUGUGACUUUUUAGAUUGAAAUACAUACAAGUCACUGAAUACCUUUAUUCAGCGUCGAAACUUGGCAUAAAGGACAUGUAAAGUAAAACUAAAAAUAUGUGAUGUGUUUAAAAACAUUUUGGUUUAUAAUUGAAAUGGUUUCUGUUACUUUUUUUGGGAUUCAAAAUGUAAAAUUAAAUACCUACAUAGAUCUCUUUGCAAGAUCUCUUUUUGGAUAAGCUUUAAGUAUUAAAAUAUCCCACUGAUUUACAAUGUGAAAAAUGAAGAACAAUGCUGUGUUUAAUAAAAAAAAAAUAUUUAUUGAGUUAA